AUGGCCCUCAACCUGGAGAAGCAACUGCGCUUCUAUGGCGCAUACCACCAUGACUCGGUCAACAUCGGCAUCCACAUGCUCGGCGUCCCGAUCAUCCUCUGGACUUUCUUCCUUCUGGGCACGAAUUCCCCGCCUCUGCUGAAACUCCCCGAGUCCAUGACCGUGCCUAACCUCGAUCUCAACGUUGGGACGAUAUGCUGCUUGUGUUACUGUGGGUUGUACAUCCUGCUAGAGCCCAUCGCCGGAACCGCACUCUCGGCAUUGCUCCUGGUGGGAACUGCGUAUGCAAAACACCUGACCACUGUCUACGGAAUGGCCGCAAACUACUGUGCCAUGGGGGCGUUCGUUGCCUCGUGGAUCGCACAGUUUCUAGGUCACGGGCUUUUUGAAGGCCGAGCCCCAGCCCUCCUCGAUAACAUUUUCCAAGCAUUUUUUCUCGCACCGCUUUUUGUCUGGCUCGAGCUGCUCUUUGCACUGGGAUACAGACCGGAACUCAGGAGCCGUGUGGAGAAGAUGGUGGAGCAGGACAUUGCCAAAUAUCGGGAAUCCAAAGCUCGCAAACUCAAUGGAAGCGCCAACGGUAGUGCCAAUGGCCACGCCAAAAAAUAG